AUGUCUUCAGAAACUCCUCCACCUCCUCCAAAGGUCGAAUAUCCCACCAGCGUCGACAAACCUGAGCUUACAACAGGUGACAACCACACAGUUGGCGUUGACUACAACAACGGCGCCAGCUACGUCGACACAACUACAAACCAGCGAAUCCAUGACUCUGACGUUCAUACGAGAUUCUCUGGGUACGGUGAUAGUGAUGAUGGAGAUAGUGGUGGGAUCGUGGAGGAGAUUGUUGAUGCUGUGACGGAUAGCUGUGUGGUGAUGUAG